AUGACUCGUGAAAAGUCUGUAUAUUUCUUAGGAUUUGAUCUCUCGACCCAGCAGCUAAAAUGUCUGGUAAUUGAUCAGUAUCUCACACUAGUUCACUCUGAAACAAUUGGCUUCGAUAAAGAUCUUCCGGAGUAUGGUACCCAUAAGGGUGUCUACUUGAAAGAGGAAGGGACUAUAGAAUGUCCAGUUGCAAUGUGGAUCGAGGCUAUAGAUAUGGUUUUCGAGCGUCUUUCGAAGCGUAAGAACUUCAGUUUGAAAGAUGUGAAAGCCAUGAGUGGAUCCUGUCAACAGCACGGGUCUGUCUACUGGUCUAGCAAAGCGGAGGAAUUGCUACAAAAUUUGGAUUACAAUCGGGCAUUGAAAGAGCAGCUUUGCCCAGAUGCGUUUUCAAGAGAUGUUGCUCCCAAUUGGCAAGACCACAGCACGGGCGCCCAAUGUGACGCUUUUGAAGAAAGUUGUGGGGGAGCCGAGAUGUUAGCACAGAUAACGGGAUCGAGAGCCCAUUACAGAUUUACGGGUCCUCAGAUUAUGAAAAUCGCUGAAAAUGAGCCGGAGACUUAUGCGAAAACGGCCAGAAUAUCGCUAGUUUCUUCUUUCUUAGCCUCUUUACUCGCAGGUGAUUUAACACCGUUGGAAGAAGCCGACGCUUGCGGGAUGAACCUCUAUAGUGUAGAGGAUCGUGACUACGUCGACAGUCUAUUAUGCAACAUCGAUCAAAAUGUCGAUGAUGUGCGUAAGAAACUGGGCGGACAGCCUGUCUCAACGGAUAAGCCUUCCCCGGUGGGUAAGUCUUCCCCAUAUUUCGUUAAAAAAUAUGGUCUUAACCCAGAAUGUCAAAUCUUCCCUUUCACGGGAGACAAUUUAGCCACCAUCUGCUCAUUGCCCCUACAGAAAAAUGAUGUGCUUGUAUCCCUGGGUACUAGCACCACAAUUCUGCUAGUCACAGACCAAUAUCAUCCAUCGCCCAAUUACCAUCUUUUCAUCCAUCCCACCAUUCCGCAUCAUUAUAUGGGCAUGAUUUGCUAUUGCAACGGGUCUCUGGCUAGAGAGCGCAUCCGUGACCAAUUAAGUCCCUCUCACGACUGGAGGCCAUUCAAUGACGCGGUGUUAGACGAUUCCUUGGGUACCGAUAACGAAAUUGGUUGCUACUUCCCGCUUGGCGAAAUUGUUCCAAACGUGCCCAGCAAUUACAGAAGAGCCACCUUCUCCAGGUCGUCUGACGGCAAGGUGGAACUCAAUAUGGUAGACUCGUUCAAAGACGUUACCCAUGAUGCUAAGAACAUUGUGGAAUCGCAAGCUCUCAGCUGUCGAGUUCGGAUUAGCCCACUACUCUCGGACGAGUGCAUUGACCCCGCUGCAAAAUUGGAUGAAAGCCGUGUUCAUUUCGACUGCGACUUUUUCCCUCUUAGCGAAUACAACAAGCGGCCCAGAAGAGCAUUUUUCGUUGGAGGUGCAUCCAAAAAUGAUGCUAUUGUCGACCGUUUUGCUCAGGUACUAGGAGCCACUCAGGGCAAUUUCCGCUUAGAGACUCCAAAUUCGUGUGCACUAGGAGGAUGCUAUAAGGCGCUAUGGUCGCAUUUGUUCCAUGAAGGCUCAACUUCUGCGCCCUUUGGCGAGUUCUUGAAUGAAGCGUUCAACUGGAAGACAGACACUGAGGCUUUGGGUGACACCACAUCAGAGCGCUGGCAAUACUACAACAACAAGAUCCCAGCUUUGAGCGCUCUCGAAGAGACGCUGUAUAAAUGA